UCUAGAUGUCGGAAACGCAAAUUCAUUCAGUGUAAAUUUUAGGAGCUUUCGUAUGUAAAUAACACAAAAUUUGUAUAUCUCUUUAUGUUGACUGGGUCAUAAAUUAUGUCAACCGAGUUGAAUUACUAUUUAAUAUAGCUUUCCUGUAUGGAUGAUGAAUAGGAAAAUAUGUGCUAAAUCGUGCAUGUCAGUCUUAAUUUCACAUUUAUUUGUGUAUUCGACGAGUUGUAUCAAAUGUAACCUAUGCAUAACAAGUUGACAACAUUUGUGUUUCAUCUAAUCUUAGAGUCACAAAUUCCCGCCCUUUAAAUGGGACGUUCAUAAGAUUGAUUUGGGUGCAUUCUAUUUUAUUAAGGACAUUUUUCAAUUCAUGGCUUUAACUGUCUGGAAAGAGGAUUGACAUUAAAAGGCUGACGACAAAUUUCAAAGUUUAGCAAACACAGCAAGACCAUUGUGAAGUGAUCAGUAAACAACAAAACUAACCUGGAGACGCCCUUGGCACGGAACCUUAUUUGAAAUGGAGAUAGUCACUUGUCUUUGUAAAGACAAAGAGUCCAAGAAGGGAGUUCUUGAUAACUAGUUACAAAGAUGUCUUCCUUCCGAGAAAAGAAUCACACAGCAAUGGACACGAAGUCUAAAUCGGACAAUAAACACCUAGAAAAUAUCAGCAAGGGAUUGAAUAAAGCCAGACAAUACAUCAUUAUACUGUUAACCUAUUUCUUCUACAAACUUACACAAACUAUCGUUCUAACAUUUCAGAAGUUUACAUGGGCUGUGACUGGGGUAGAGAAAACUCGAAAGGAUGCAAAACAUGGCCUGCAAUUUAAACAAAGCGUCCAUGUUCAAAGUAUAUUUUGGCGCCGGAAGUUCAUUAGUACGUCAAUGGCAGAUCCAUCAAAUUUUAUAACAACACACAAAGCGUUUAAACACCCAAACUACAUACUCAAGCCGACAGUAUCGUUAUAUUGUAUGACGAAAGAUGAAGUUAUAUUUGUAGAGGUUCCCGAAGGAGUUGAUAUUACUGGAACUAAGCAACCUAGAACACCUAUGUAUAUACAGCAGUUUCAACGUGCUCAUAGUUUGAUAACAAUGCCCUUGCCAGCUUUUCAUAAAAUUGCCCAUGAUCUCGGAAAUCCGCGUGUUCCUAUUAUUUGGAUCUCUAAUACUGGACAUUGUGGUUCUACAAUGCUAGUGCAAAUGUUUGCAAAGCUUCCAGGUAUGUUAGUAAUGAAUUCUCCUGAUGUUUUAACAACACUUGCUUUCCUAGAGAAAAAUAAUAAUUUUGAAAAGGGAGAGUAUGAACAGCUACUGCCAGGAGCAAUUCGUAUUUUGUGCAAACCGGACGAAAGAGCAAGAAUGAUUUGUGUUAAGACAAGACCUUGCUGUACAAUCCAAAUGGGAGACGUUUAUAAGAAUUUUCCGCAUAUCUACCAACUAUAUGUGUAUCGAAACAGUUUAAAAACGAUUGCAUCGUCUUUGAAUAUAUUUGGUAAUGAAGAAUUCGAUAUAAUAUCUAGAUACAUAUUAGACAGUGAAGUGUUGUCUACUGUAUUCCCAUGCUUUCGCAAGCUUUUGUAUAACAAAUACUGCUCUGUACUUGAUAGAACACCCCCUAUUGUAAACCCAAAGAAUAUGACAACAGCUUCCGCUUUCACAAUAUCAUGGGCUGCAAAUAUAGCUACGUGCUUAGAUUUUGUUGAAGCUGGUGUCCCACUCUUGCCACUACUAUUUGAAGAUAUGAUGCGCAAUCCGCGUCGCACGUGUUCAGUGUUAUUUGAUCAUUUAGAAAUUAGACAGGAUUUUGUCGACACUGCUAUGGAAGGCUUUAAAUUGGACACGUCUAAACACCCAAAUAGCGGGCAAAGUUCGAUUUUACCAGAAUCACGGAAAACUAUUCCUCACGACUUUAGAGUUGAAGCAGAUAGUAUUUUGAAAAAGUUUGGAUUACCAAAACUCGGUGAAAGAUAUGAAAUUCCAGGUUUAGCUGAUUUUGAAACACCAAAAUUUAACAGAGAUCUUUCUCGUGACAGAUUUUUAUGAUUAUAUAUAUAUAAUAGUGUCUGCGUAUUUGUAAAUAAGACGAAAAUGUACUAUGCAUUAUAUAGAUAAGCACAAUAAAUAUUUAAGAUGCAGUAUUUUAAGAAUUGAUAUAAAAAUCAAACGCCAAAUUUUCAAAUCCAAGGACGUCAUUCCAACACAAUAUGUCUAUAAACAUUUAUAAAACAACAGGCCAAACAAAUAAGGUCAAUGGAAGACAAAUUGUGAGCAAAGUUGCCAUUGUUCUAUCACUGUGCGUUCUAUUGGAAGUAGGUUAACAAAAGGGAGACGCUUAUUUGGGUAUAUCUAAUCUUACCAAGAAUCAAAGAGAGGAAAGUGUAUCAGAAAUAAGUUCAAAUAUAUGAAAUAGUUCUUAUGAUGAAUACAAGGCCAAGUACCUUUGUUACAACCAUUAUAUAUUUUAUAAUAUUCAAAUAUGACAAACAU